CAACUCUUCUUUGUAGUACUCCCUAGUAUUUAAAUAUAGUGUGGUGUCAUGUUCUUCUCAAAGUCCAACUCAAUCUCUCCUUUAUCAAUAAAUCUUUCGUGGAGUCUUCCCUUUUCUCUGCCCACAGACUGCACUAAUCAGGAAAUAUUUCACAGUUGUACUUAACAAAUCACAACUAAAGCUUCAAGAAGAAGUGCAUAUUAACUACCCAGAGAGAGUUUAUAUAACCAUCAAAUUUAAAAAAAAAAUGUCAUCAAGAGGGUAUGCACUACAUAAGUCGUAUUCUCCACAUUGAAGUGAUUAAACCGCACAGAGUACUGUUACAAAAAGAACACAUAUCAACAGUCCAGAAUGAGCAAGCAAGACGACUACAAAGCAAAAGAGACAAAGCCCCAACUCGGGGAACGGUGGCCUCAUGGAGGAAUCCGUGGUGGCGGAGGGUGGCUAACCAGUGACAGAGUUACGAGCACUUAUGAUCUUGUUGAACAAAUGCAUUUCCUUUAUGUUAGGGUGGUGAAGGCAAGAGACCUUCCCUUAAACCCGGUUACAACGAGUUGCGACCCUUACGUGCAAGUCAGGCUAGGGAAUUACAAAGGUAAAACAAAGCACUUUGAGAAGAGGGCAAACCCAGAAUGGAACCAAGUCUUUGCAUUCUCCAAAGAAAAAAUUCAGUCCUCAACACUGGAAGUGCUGGUAAGGGACAAGGAGAUGUUGGGGAGGGAUGAUUGCAUAGGGAGAGUGGUUUUUGACAUGAAUGAAGUUCCCACAAGAGUCCCUCCUGAUAGUCCUUUGGCACCACAAUGGUAUAGGCUAGAAAACCAAACAAAAGGAGAGGUUAUGGUGGCUGUUUGGAUGGGGACACAAGCUGAUGAGGCCUUCCCUGAUGCUUGGCAUGCUGAUGCUGCUUCUGUUCAUGGAGAAGGCGUUUACAGCGUUCGGUCAAAGGUGUUCGUUUCUCCGAAAUUGUGGUAUCUGAGGCUCAAUGUCAUCGAAGCACAAGACGUUGAACCCGAAGACAAAAGCCAACCCCCACAGGUAUUUGUGAAGGCUCAAGUUGGAAACCAGAUACUGAAGACUAAAGUCUGUCCAACAAAAACAACCAACCCAUUCUGGAAUGAAGAUCUACUCUUCGUAGCAGCGGAGCCUUUUGAGGACAAACUUGUCAUCACAAUCGAAAGCAAAACUCCUUCAAAAGAUGACCAAGUUGGACGACUAACUCUUCCCCUUAGCACUUUCGAGAAGCGUCUAGAUCACCGCACGGUUGAUUCCCGGUGGUUCAACCUGGAAAAAUACGGGUUUGGUUUUCUGGAAGGAGACAAGAGACAUGAACACAAAUUCUCAACAAGACUACACCUCAGAGGGUGUCUUGAAGGAGGUUACCAUGUAUUGGACGAAUCAACAUUGUACAUUAGUGAUGUAAGGCCAACGGCUAGACAACUAUGGAAGCAACCUGUAGGGAUACUUGAAGUCGGUAUCCUUAGUGCACAAGGAGUUCAGGGUAUGAAAACAAAAGAUGGACGAAAAACGACAGAUGCUUAUUGUGUGGCAAAGUAUGGACUUAAAUGGGUAAGAACAAGAACAAUCCUUGACAGCUUGAGCCCGAAAUGGAAUGAACAAUACACUUGGGAAGUUUAUGAUCCGUGUACAGUCAUCACAAUAGGGGUCUUCGAUAACUGUCAUCUCGGAGGGAAUGAUAAAGCAGCAAAAGAUUCUAAAAUAGGGAAGGUUAGGAUAAGGUUAUCAACACUUGAAACAUAUAAAAUAUACACAAUGUCAUACCCUCUUCUUGUUCUGCAACCAUCAGGGCUGAAAAAAACGGGUGAGCUCCAGUUGGCGUUCCGCUUCACUUGCUUAUCUCUUGCCCACACAAUUUAUCUAUAUGCACACCCCUUGCUCCCAAAGAUGCAUUAUCUCCACCCCUUCACUGUUAACCAACUAGAUAGCCUGAGGUAUCAGGCAACUAACAUUGUGGCAAGUAGGCUUGCAAGAGCAGAACCACCUCUAGGGAGGGAAGUUGUGGAAUACAUGCUAGACGUGGAUUCACAUAUGUGGAGCAUGAGGAGGAGCAAAGCAAACUUUUUCAGAAUAGUUUCGCUCUUCUCGGGCGCUAUCUCGAUAAGCAAAUGGCUUGAGGAAGUUUGUAAAUGGAAAAACCCGGUGACUACCAUACUAGUCCAUCUCCUCUUAUUCAUCUUGAUAUGCUACCCCGAGUUGAUACUCCCCACAGCCUUUCUUUACAUGUUCCUUAUAGGAAUUUGGAACUUUAGGUUCAGACCAAGACAACCUACACACAUGGACACAAAACUGUCAUGGGCUGAAGCAGCUAAUACAGAAGAGCUGGAUGAGGAGUUUGACACUUUCCCUACAUCAAAGCAAGAGAUUACAGUGAAGAUGCGAUACGAUCGGCUUCGAAGUGUGGCAGGAAGAGUGCAGAGUGUGGUUGGAGAUAUUGCAACUCAAGGGGAGAGAUUACAAAAUCUACUGAGUUGGAGAGAUCCAAGAGCAACCAGUCUCUUCAUUGUUUUCUGUUUGUUUGCAGCAAUAGCUCUUUAUGUGACACGUUUUAAGAUCAUGGCUCUGAUUGCAGGAAUGUAUUAUUUUAGGCACCCUAAGUUCAGGACCAAGUUUCCUUCUGCACCUCUCAGUUUCUUCCGGAGAUUGCCAUCUCGGGCAGAUAGCAUGUUGUAAAUAUGUGAUAUAUAUUUAAAAAGAGCGGGAAAAAUCACAACUCCUGAUUACCAAUAAUCAUUCUCUUUAUCUUUCAUUGAAUUGAUGAGUAAAUGAUUUUCUGCAUUAGAUCCUACUAU